AAGAAGAUCGAUCCCGCAACACGGGAAAGAACAGAAGAAGUAGAAGUGACACUUCAAAGGGCGCCUAGCUGUCGUCAGAUCGAUCAUCAUGGCCUACGGAGGCUACUCAGGAAGACGCUACACCGGGUACGACGACAGCUACACCCCCAGGAAGAAAGGCCGCAAGGAGAUCGGGGCCUUCAUCGCGGUCUUCCUGAUGUGCGCGACAUUUUGUGGAUUGCUGAUAGCCUUGCUCAUGUUCCUUUUCCACAACAUGGUCAGAGAAGAGCACAUACAGAACAUGCGCUGCGCGAAGCCCAUCCUGGUGAAGCUGACGACGGGCAUCCGGUGGACGAAGACCAUGAUGGUUUCCAACGACAACGGCAGCUGCGACAACGAGCUGCAGCAGGCGUGGUACCGCUUCGAGACGCCCUACGGGAACCGAAUGCCCGAGUCGCCGACGUCGCCCGGCAUGUGCAACACCAUGGUGCCCUUCUGGUUCUACGGGCGACAUCCCUCGUACCCGAGCAUGCCGAUGCCCGCGGUGGCUUGCGGCGCCGACGAGACCAACGCGUGCAGCUACCACGCCAACAUCCGGGUGCAGCACUGCGGCACCUACAUGGCCUACUACCUGCAGCCGCUGCCCAGGUGCUUCAUGGCCUACUGCAUCGGGGAGCGGGGGUGGCGCAAGAAACGCGGAAACGGCAGCAACUACCUGAUGCACUGGAACCUCACCACCGAGAUGAGCACAGGCGACGACACAUGACCGGGCGGCGGCACCUGCGCCACCGACGUCACCCGUGACUGCGCCUGCGCAGUGCUGAUUGGGAAUA